AUGUCGUCUAAGAACUCACUAUCACCUUCCACACCUGUACACGAUGAGACCGAAAUUCGGCAAGAAGAAAUGAUGAAUCAUCAUCGAUCAUCAGCAUCACCACCUUCACACUCAAUAUCGAUUCGGAUCAUCACUUUUGGUCUUCUUCAUGGUAAAAUUUCCAAAUCUUCCUAUCAAUUAAUUUAUAAUUUACAAGAUUUACCGAAUCCAUUGACUGCACAAGCAAGAAAGAAAAUGACAGGUUUAAACAAGCCUCUGAGGAAGGACUUCUUUGCAAAUGAAUUGGUACAAACUUUCUUUGAUAAUUCACACAAAGAAAUUGUGAGUGAACUUAAAAAGUUUCAUGCUUCUUGUCUUCAAAUGCAAAAUAAUCAACAGUCGAUUGAAGAUAGUGUUAAUGAACUAGUUCAAUCCAAUUUGAAAGGCAUUAUAGACAUUAACAAGGACGAGGAGACAUCAGUUGUGGAAAAUCCUUCUUCCCUUCAACAAGAAAGUUCAUCCAAUACAGAAACGAAACCUGAAAAGAACGCUGAAGAUAACGAAAAUGAUGAUGACGAUGCUGAAAGUGAGGAAGAAAGUGAGGAAGACGACGAACUUGAAGACAUUCUAAAUGAAGGAGAAGAUGAAUACAUAUUCACUAUAGCUGUUUAUUGUCAUAAAGGCAAACACAGAUCUGUAUCAUUUGCAGAAGAGUUAAAAGAACAAUUGGCUUCAGAUCCAGAUCUUCGCAACUUAAUCUCACAAAUUAAUGUCACACACAGAGAUGUCCACAAAAGCAAUUCAAACAAAUCAUCGAACGACAAGAAUACGAGACGAAACCAAAAAUCAAGUUUUUCAUAUUUUAAUGAAUAA